AUGCCGCGUGCCCGAGCCGUUCAGCAGGGGCAAGCCCGAGCCGUGCAGCAAGUCCAAGCCCGAGCCGUUCAACUUCAAGCCCGAACUCGCGUCGACCCACCCUCACAAAUGAUGCCCUACGCCCCCAGUUCGCGACGUCAUUGGCGCGAGAGCACCAUCCAGAGCCUCUUCUACGGCUUCAUGAUUGUCUACCAUUACGUGUCAUCGGUAUUCAUGAUGGUGCUCUCCUUCCUCUUCUAUUUGGGAGCCGAACUGUGGGCCGACCUGUUCUCCGGUGUCGCCGAGAUGUCCGUCGAGUUCUACGUGGCCGUCGCCCCCCACCUACAAGUCACCUUGGAAUAUCUCGAAUUACUCAACGACGUGCUGCGCGAAGAGGCGGCAGCCGAAGCCCGAGACGAAGCGGAAGCGGAAGCGCCGGCUGAGGAGGAGCCCCGGCAGCAAGCUGGC